UAAAUUAAAAACUGUUGAAUUAGUAACUGUAAGCUUUAUUCAAUUUACUUUUGCACAUAUAACUGCAGUUAGGCAUUAAUUCAAAUGGGGUGUUACAGAUUUAGUGUCUUAAAUUAGUAGAAUUAAAUCAUAAAUCAAACAUUUAAAUACCACACAUUCAUAAACCAAGUCAUCAAUCAAAUCAGGACAUGUAACAAUUUUAUUAGCAAUUAUACAAAUUAGAUAAGAAAUGAAAACUCUUGUCUGUAUUUGUUUUGUUCUAUUUGUGCUUUGUUUUGGGAUCACAUGUUCAAAUGCAAGUUCAAGCAAAAAGAGAAGGGCAAACAAGAUUGUGAUCAACAAUAAGGCCCGAGACGAAUUAGCCGUGCAUUGCACGGAGGGAACGGAAGAUUUCAGACGAACGUUGAAUUCGGGCGAGAAGUAUUCUUGGACUUUGUCCGAGAAAACGGUCGCCGAGGAUUUGCUCGUGAUAUGUCAUAUCCAUAUCCGGGACAAGGUUAAUGGCGGCGCGCACGGGUAUUUCGUGCCGUGGAGGAGAUGCAAGAAGGCGUGUAGAUGGAGGGUUUUGGAUGAUGGGGUUUUGCAGUUGAAGAUGAAUCAUGGCAAGUAUAGAGAUUUCGCGUUGGAGCCGACCAAGGAAGAUGCUUUACGAGAUUAUGAAGAAAAUGGUCGUUCCUGCGGCGGGGAUGUUCCGGAUGAGGGGGCGGAGGGGAAAUGUGGUGGCGAUUCUUGCGGUAAUGAUGGUGGUGGCGGCGUAGUUGAUGAUCCUGAUGAGAAACACGGCGUUGCACCGCCUCCGGUGGAGGAAGACAAGGAGCACCAGAAGCCCGAUAAAGAGGAUAAACUUGCACCACCGCCGACGAAGCAAAAUUCCCACCAACCAAAGAUUGGGAAAAGUGCACCUCCGCCGAUGAAGGAAAAGGCUGCGCCACCUCCUACAAAUAAAAAAUCUCGGCAACCGAAGAUUGGCAAAAGUCAACCGCCUGCAAAGGUUGCGCUACCUCCUACAAAGCAACCAAAGAGUGGAAUAGAUGCCCCUCCGCCAGCGAAGGCGAAGGCUGCGCCACCACCAACAAAGCAAACAUCGGAGAAAUCCAAGAAUGGGAAAAGUCCAUCUCCGUCAAAGGCCGCGUCGCCUCCUACAAAGGAAAAAUCCGAUCAACCGAAGAUUGGCAAAAGUCCACCGCAGACAAAAGGCGCACAACCUCCUACAAAGCAAAAACCUCAGCAACCGAAGAUUGGCAAAAGUCCACCGCCAGUAAAGGUAGCACCACCUCCUACAACACAAAAAUCCCAACAACCGAAAAUUAGCAAAAGUUCACCGGCGACAAAAGGUGCACCACUUCCGGCUAAGCAAAAACCCGAGCAACCAAAGAUUGGGAAUAGUCCACCGCCGACAAAAGCUGCGUUACCUCCUACAAAGCAAAAACCGCAGCAACCCAAGAUUGGAAAAAAUCCACCGGCAGCAAAGGAGGCACCACCUCCUACAAAGUCUCAAAAACCCAAGAUUGGAGAUAGUCCAGUGGUGACAAAGGCGACGCCACCUCCUACAAAGUCUCAAAAACCCAAGAUUGGAGAUAUUCCUACAAAGGCAUCGCCACCUCCUAUAAAGUCCCAAAAACCCAAGAUUGGGGACAGUCCAGUGGUGACAAAGGCGUCGCCACCUCCUACAAAGUCUCAAAAACCCAAGAUUGGAGAUAGUCCAGUGGUGACAAAGGCAUCGCCACCUCCUACAAAGUCUCAAAAACCCAAGAUUGGAGAUAGUCCAGUGGUGACAAAGGCGUCGCCACCUCCUACAAAGUCCCAAAAACCCAAGAUUGGGGAUAGUCCAGUGGUGACAAAGGCGUCGCCACCUCCUACAAAGUCCCAAAAACCCAAGAUUGGAGAUAGUCCAGUGGUGACAAAGGCGUCGCCACCUCCUACAAAGUCUCAAAAACCCAAGAUUGGAGAUAUUCCUACAAAGGCAUCGCCACCUCCUAUAAAGUCCCAAAAACCCAAGAUUGGGGACAGUCCAGUGGUGACAAAGGCGUCGCCACCUCCUACAAAGUCUCAAAAACCCAAGAUUGGAGAUAGUCCAGUGGUGACAAAGGCAUCGCCACCUCCUACAAAGUCUCAAAAACCCAAGAUUGGAGAUAGUCCAGUGGUGACAAAGGCGUCGCCACCUCCUACAAAGUCUCAAAAACCCAAGAUUGGCGAUAGUCCAGUGGUGACAAAGGCGUCGCCACCUCCUACAAAGUCCCAAAGACCCAAGAUUGGGGAUAGUCCAGUGGUGACAAAGGCAUCGCCACCUCCUACAAAGUCCCAAAAACCCAAGAUUGGAGAUAGUCCAGUGGUGACAAAGGCGUCGCCACCUCCUACAAAGUCUCAAAAACCCAAGAUUGGAGAUAGUCCAGUGGUGACAAAGGCGUCGCCACCUCCUACAAAGUCCCAAAAACCCAAGAUUGGGGAUAGUCCAGUGGUGACAAAGGCGUCGCCACCUCCUACAAAGUCCCAAAAACCCAAGAUUGGAGAUAGUCCAGUGGUGACAAAGGCGUCGCCACCUCCUACAAAGUCUCAAAAACCCAAGAUUGGAGAUAGUCCAGUGGUGACAAAGGCGUCGCCACCUCCUACAAAGUCUCAAAAACCCAAGAUUGGAGAUAGUCCAGUGGUGACAAAGGCGUCGCCACCUCCUACAAAGUCUCAAAAACCCAAGAUUGGAGAUAGUCCAGUGGUGACAAAGGCAACGCCACCUCCUACAAAGUCACAGAAACCCAAGAUUGGAGAUAGUCCACUGGUGACAAAGGCGUCUCCACCUCCUACAAAGUCUCACAAACCCAAGAUUGGAGAUAGUCCAGUGGUGACAAAGGCAUCGCCACCUCCUACAAAGUCUCAAAAACCCAAGAUAGGUAAUACUCCACCGCCGACAAAGGUGGCGCCACCUCCUACAAAGCAAAAUUCUCCUAAGAUUGGCAAAAGUGCACCGCCAAAGAAGACGGCUCCAUCUCCUACAAAGACUCAAAAACCCAAGAUUGGUAAUAGUCCACCGGCGACAAAGGUGGCUCCACCUCCUACAAAGCAAAAUUCAGCCAAGAAUGGUAAAAGUGCACCACCAAAAACGGCGGCGCCACCUCCUACAAAGACUCAAAAACCCAAGACUGGUAAUAGUCCACUGGCGACAAAGGCGGCGCCAGCUCCUACAAAGCAUAAUUCUCCCAAGAUUGACAAAAGUGCACCACCAAAAAAGGCUGCGCCACCUCCUACAAAGACUCAAAAACCCAAGAUUGGUAAUAGUCCACCGGCGACAAAGGUGGCUCCACCUCCUACAAAGCAAAAAUCUCCCAAGAUUGGUAAAAGUGCACCACCAAAAACGACGGCACCACCUCCUACAAAAACCCCAAAACCCAAGAUUGGCAAAAGUCCACCGGCGACAAAGGUGGCGCCACCUCCUACAAAGCAUAAUGCUCCCAAGAUUGGCAAAAGUGCACCACCGAAAAUGGCGACGCCACCUCCUACAAAGACUCAAAAUCCCAAGAUUGGUAAUAGUCCAUCGGCGACAAAGGUGGCUCCACCUCCUAAGAGGCAAAAUUCUCCCAAGAUUGGCAAAAGUGCACCACCAAAAAAGGCGGCUCCACCUCCAACAACGCAACCCAAGAUCGGCAAAAGUGCACCGCCAACAAAGGCUGCGCCACCUUCUACAAAGGCAAAAUCCCAACAACCCAAGAUCGGUAAAAGUCCACCGCCAGCAAAGGCUGCUCCACCUCCUACCGAGCACAAAACCCAACAACCCAAGAUUAGCAAAAGCCCACCGCCGACAAAUCCGGCACCACCUCCUUCAAAGCCAAAAUCCAAGGCUCCGCCACCUCAAACAAAGCAAAACCCCCAACAACCGAAGAUCGUCAAAAGUGAACCACCGGCAAAGGUUGCGCCACCUCCUACAAAGGCAAAACCCCAACAACCGAAGAUCGGCAAAAGUGAACCGCCGGCAAAGGCUGCCCUACCUCCCACAGUAUCAAGAUCCCAACUACCCAAGAGUAGCAAAACUCCACCGCCGACAAAGGCGGCGCCACCUCCGACAAAGCAAAAACCCCAACAACCUAAGAUCGGCAAAAGUUCAUCACCACCACCAUCAAAGGUUGCCCUACCACCUACAGUACAAAGAACCCAGCAACCCAAGAUCGGCAAAAGUCCAUCGCCGGCGAAGGGAAAUCCGAAACCGAAACCCAAAACAGAAGUUAAACCUGCGCCGCCGCCGACAAAGGGCGGAGUGAAACCAAAUCCAGAUGCUAAACCUGCACCGCCGCCAACAAAUGGGAAACAUGAAUCAAAGGGACCUGUUACUAAACUCUCGCCACCGCCACCUACAAAGGAAGAACAAAAACCCCAGCAGCCGUCGCCGCCGCCGCCGACAAAAAAGCAACGGAAGAAACCUCGUAAGGUGUUCUACUCCUGUAUGAAAGAUGAUUCUCUCUCUACGUAGGGAUCACCAAAAAGCCAAGGGUUCUUUAAAAUAAACUCAUAAAAAGUCGUUAAAAAAGCUGUCUUUAUUAAUUCAAUUCGUUUCUUGAUU